UACGCACUUACCCGGAAGUGAUUUUGCAGGUACGGUUAGGUUAUGAUAGGUGUGAAGAUGUAAGAAAAUUCAGACGGUUGAGAGGAAACAUGGACGUUUUUCUGCCUGCAAUCCUUCUCGUUGCUGCAACGACGUGGACGUCACGAGUGGAUGGCCAGGUGACCUUCAUGGCAGAGCUCACAUCCAGACCUGCUCAAAAGCUGUCCAAGUAUGGUUGGUAUGGCAACGUGAGACUACAGAGGUUCCAUAUCCCAGAGGAGACGGCCAUCGCACGCUGGACGUUCACAGUGACGAGAGGAAACAGCUUCUACUGUGGCCAGCACAACAUCACUGUGUACAUUCGAUGGGGCGCCCCUCCAGUUAUAAACCCGACUGACUGUGUGUUUCCAAACGUGACGCUUUGGAACCCCAGUUUGUCUCUGAUUCUGCCGGUAAUCUCGCAGAACUCCACAAUGUUUAACCUGUCAGACCCUGCUCCUGGGGAGUGGUUCGUCGCUGCUCACCUGCCGGAGGAUGACGGACGCAUAGAGCAGAAGGGUUUCCCGUCCUGCACGUACUUCUUCCAGCCUCAGCUGUCUGUCAGGAGAGCGGUGGACACGCCCGUUUUACCGCAGGAUGCAUUCCUCACGCAGACUGCAUCCUUUGAGCAACCUGCACGCCUUAAAUUGUUCGUUCCAGAGUUUGCCUCGUCGCUCUCGGUUACCGUGCGCGACUGCUCGUCAGGGGAGGCAGCGGAGAGCGGAAACUGCUGGCUGCUCCUCAGGCUCGGCUCUGCAUCCCUGCUGCAGCGCCCGGUAACCGUGAACUGCUCGGGGAUGAGCUGCUCUGCAUCUCUGGUUAACCCACCGUGGGACACCUGGCUGCGAGUCGUGGUGGAGAGCAGCCAGGUCAACCGCUCUGUGACCUUCCGGAUUACCUGGAGCUACACAGAGGGAUGUAAACCCAAAAGUGUAGGCCUUGAAGGAGGUGAUGAAUUCAAGAAGCCUCAGAAAAGCAGCAGCCAAAGCAACUCCACGUCAGCAAACACCACAGAGGUCUCAAACGGUUUCAGCUUUGCCAAUAAAUCCUCUGCUCUGCCGACGUCUCUGACGGUGUCGGCGUGCAUGUGGAGCGUCCCCGUUCUUUACGAGGAAGUGGACGUCCUCUCGCUCCGAUUCACAGCUGCCAAUGGGUCAAACGUCAGUGUCACAGACACGCAUCCCACUCUGCUCACCUACCCACUGCCCAGUCAAGCCACAGGGGGCACGCUCAAUCUGCGACUCACUCUGAACACGACUGAUGUAGUCUUGGACAACAGCAGCAGUGUGCUUGCCUGUUUUUCUCCCUGGGCUCCGGUCCUACAGCUCAACCACUCCCAACCUUGUCGUACAGCUUUAUUCGGAGGAUACGGUGUGGCUGUGAACACCAGUUCCCCUAAAGCUGUGCUCAGGCUGCCCUUCCCUCAGUCUGCAUCGUGGUACCUCACCCUGCAGCUCCACUGCAACAGCAGCUCCUGUGGUAACGCCUCGGUGGUGUCGGUGGUCCCAGAGUUGUCUGUCAGCGCCUGUGUGGAGGACUGUGGCUCCUACGGUGAAUGCAGGCUCCUGAGAGCCUACAGCUACUUGUACGCCGGCUGCGUCUGCAAGGCUGGCUGGAAGGGUUGGGGGUGCACUGAUUAUUCUUCGGCUCUGUCCUACGGUCGCCAGCUCCUCUCCACUCUGCUGCUCACGCUGAGCAACCUGUCUUUCCUGCCUGCCAUCGUCGUGGCAACCAGGCGCUUCUACAUUACAGAGGCAUCCGUCUACUGUUUCACCAUGUUCUUCUCCACGUUCUAUCACGCGUGUGACCAGCCGGGUGUCGCCGUUUUGUGCAUUAUGGACUACGACGCCCUGCAGUACUGCGACUUCCUCGGGUCGGUCUGUUCCAUCUGGGUCACCAUCUUGUGCAUGGCUCAAAUCAGAGCCAUAGCCAAAUACACUCUGUUCAUGCUGGGAGCUCUGCUGAUAGCCAUGUCUAUGCAACUGGACCGCAAAGGUUUGUGGAACAUGCUGGGCCCCAUCCUCUGUGCCAUACUGCUGAUGGCCUCCACCUGGGUGUACAGAGGCGUCCGCCGCAGACACUGCUACCCACCCUCCUGGAAGCGCUGGGCCUUUUACCUCGUCCCCGGACUGUGCUGCGCCCUGGUGGGGGUGUGCUUGUACAUUUUUGCUGAGACGGAGGACAACUACUACUACACGCACUCGCUGUGGCACAUCCUGGUGGCCAGCUGCGUGGUGUUCCUGCUGCCGCCGGAGGAGAAGCAGCGAGAGGCGCUGGGGUGGAGCAGAGGCUUCAGCUGGCAUUGGAGCUGGAGACCACAGAUUUGUGGAUAUACGCUCUGUGAGAGCAGCAAGGAGGAGCUCUACACCGUCACGUGAAACUACUGAAACAGCUGCUGUCGUCAGCUUUUUACAAUAUGAGAGUUCCGCCUAUAUUCUCAUAGGUCCUCAGGCUUUAUUCUCACAUAAAGAAGAGUCAAAGUAGAGAUAAAUGUGCUGCAACAUUUACUUUCACCUCACCACUAAGAGUUUAGCCUCAUUAUGGAAGUAAAUCAUACACUAGAGGAAAACGGGAAUGUUUGAUCUGAAAGUACUUACCGGUAGAAACUCUUUUAAAAUGUUUUUUUUUGUUUUCGUUUUCAUGAGCCUGAAUACCACAAGUUUUUUCUUCAUCAGCUUAAAGAUCUUUGAUCUCCACAUCGUCUAUAUGUACUUUUGGGAAUAUUUUGUUGCUCGCUUAAAGGAGAAAACUGCUGCUUUGCCAAAAACGUCCCUGUAAAAGUCUCGCAGCUCUAGUAAAAGUUGAAGUUCUACAGCAAAAAUUUUAGCAAAAUUCAAAAGGAAAAAAAAAACGCCAAAGGGAGUCAAGCAAACGAUGAAAUGUCAUUCCAGCUGCCUUAUGUGCCCUUUUUUUGUUGUGUAAGCAAAAAAAAAGCUUUAUUUGUUGAUAUUUAUUAUAAAAAACCUGAAUGAAAUCCUUCUUUCUUAGUUUGAGCGUUGAUCUAAUGUGUCUUUUUUUAUUUCUUUGUAUCUUUUAAGUUUAACAACAUCUUUUUUGUUUCAGAGGAAUGAGUGUUUAGUUUUUCUAAAGCCUUGCAUCUUAAAAAAAAUGUUUUUUUCACAAAUGUGCUGGAAAAAUUAGGAUUUUUUUUCCCUUUAACUGUCUUCUUUAACACCAGGGUGCACAUAACUUUAAAGGUCACAAGCACGUUGAAAUUCCGACAAAAAACUCUGUUCUGUGUUUUUGUUUCCCAGUACUUCAUGUCUUUGAUUGAUGCAAGGACUCAGCUUUCAAUGAAUGUAGGUGACGAUUACCGUCUCUUUCUUUAUAUGUGUGUGUCCGUUUUUUUUACCACGUGCAAAGGUCACGCAUGGCGUCCGCUCUUAAUAUAGGACACGUCGUUCCACGUGCGUGGAGGUAUAAUCCUUCUAGAAUGACAUUUAUAGGCUGUCCCACAGCAUUCCUUUUAUUGUUCGCACAAUUUCCUGUCCAUAUGCUGAUCCUAUUGUGAGGAGUGAUUUAAAACUGUUUCCUCUUUUAUUCUUUUUUUUUUUUGCUGUUAUUUUUACUUUCAAAAGGUGCAAUGCAAGUUGAGUUGAGUGCUGUGGCAAUCACUUUCUGGUCCGUUAAAGCCUAUAAAGAAUUAAAUAGGUUCUAUACAAAC